AUGGCGGGCAGCGGCGCGGAGCCUACCAAAGUCACCAUUCUCGGCAAAGACUCGAUAGUCGUCGACUAUGGAAUAUGGCAGAAUUACAUCGCCCAGGAUCUGCUAACCAGCAUUCCGUCGUCGACCUAUGUCCUCAUCACCGACACCAACAUCGGCCCUCUCUACGCGCCCACGUUUGAACGUGCCUUCUCAUCCGCCGCCUCGUCGCUCUCGUCGGCCCCUCGCCUUCUCACCUACCAAAUAUCUCCCGGCGAGACUUCCAAGUCGCGACACACAAAGGCCGCCGUCGAGGACUGGCUGCUGUCGCAGGGAUGCGUGCGCGACACCGUGAUAAUAGCGCUGGGUGGUGGUGUGAUUGGGGACAUGAUAGGCUACGUUGCCGCAACGUACAUGCGUGGCAUCAAGUUUGUGAACGUGCCCACGACGCUGCUGUCCAUGGUAGACUCGAGUAUAGGCGGCAAGACGGCCAUUGAUGUGCCUGCAGGCAAGAACCUGAUUGGCGCCUUCUGGCAGCCCGAGAGAAUCUACAUUGACCUGCAGUUUUUGGAGUCGCUGCCAAAGAGGGAGGUCAUCAACGGCAUGGCAGAGGUGAUCAAGACGGCCGCCAUCUGGAACGAGGACGAAUUCACGGCGCUCGAGGGCAAUGCAAAUGACAUUCUUGCUGCCAUUGAGCAAAAGCCUGUAGAUGGGCGCAAGAACUUUGACAGCAUAGCCGCCAUACUCAAGCGGAUAGUGCUGGGCUCCGUACGUGUCAAGGCCGAGGUGGUCUCUGCAGACGAGCGAGAAGGCGGCCUCCGCAAUCUGCUCAACUUUGGACACUCCAUCGGCCACGCAUACGAAGCCAUUCUCACUCCACAGAUUCUCCAUGGAGAGUGCGUUGCGAUAGGAAUGGUCAAAGAGGCGGAGCUGGCACGAUACCUGGGCGUACUGGACCCGUCUGCCGUUGCUCGCCUCACAAAGUGCAUUGCAAGCUACGGACUGCCUACGUCGCUAGCCGACAAGACCGUGCGGAAACGGUCAGCCAACAAGCGCUGCCCAGUGGAUGAGCUCAUCAAGAUUAUGGCUGUAGACAAGAAAAACGCCGGCAAGACCAAGAAGAUUGUCCUCCUCUCAGGCAUUGGCCGAACACACGAGAAAAAGGCCAGCUCAGUUGAGGACCGUGACAUUAGGAUCGCGCUGUCACCAAGCAUAUCUGUGCACCCGGGUAUCCCGGCCGACCUGAAUGUGACAUGCACACCUCCUGGGUCAAAGAGUAUUUCAAACCGCGUGCUCGUGCUUGCUGCGCUCGGAACCGGCUCAUGCCGUAUCACCAAUCUGCUCCACUCGGACGACACCCAGGUCAUGCUUGAUGCACUUGCAAAGAUGCAGGGCGCAAGUUUUGCAUGGGAAAAUGACGGCAAGGAGUUGGUGGUUACCGGUAACGGCGGCAACCUGAAGGCAUCAAGCAACGAACUCUACUUGGGCAAUGCUGGCACAGCAGCGCGUUUCUUGACCUCAGUGACAGCGCUCUGCCAGCCCACAGAUGGUGUCACAUCAACCGUCGUCACUGGAAAUGCGCGUAUGAAGGAGCGACCCAUCGGCCCGCUUGUGAAAUCGCUUCGUACCAUGGGCGUUGAGAUUGAUUACCAGGAGAACGAAGGCAGCCUUCCGCUGCGAAUCUCAGCCUGCGGAGGCUUUGGCUCUGAUUCCUUCACGGGCGAAAUUGAGCUGACCGCGAAUGUGUCUUCGCAAUACGUAUCAUCUAUCUUGUUGAGCGCCCCAUACUCCAAGAAGCCAGUAACGCUCCGCCUAGUCGGCGGCAAGGUCAUCUCUCAGCCCUACAUUGACAUGACCAUUGCCAUGAUGGCUUCUUUUGGAGUGCAGGUUGAGCGAUCUCAGAGCGACCCCAACACCUACCACAUUCCCAACAAACCAUACACCAACCCACCCGAAUACGAAGUUGAGAGUGAUGCUAGCUCGGCCACCUACCCACUCGCCAUCGCAGCCAUCACCGGUACUACUUGCACAGUUCCUAACAUCGGCUCCAGCUCUCUUCAAGGCGACGCUCGAUUCGCGGUCGAGGUGCUCAAGCCAAUGGGUUGUACAGUUGAGCAAUCAGCAACAUCAACCACCGUCACCGGCCCACCGCGCGGCCAACUCAAGGCUGUCAAGGAAAUCGACAUGGAGCCAAUGACGGAUGCGUUCCUUACAGCGUCUGUUCUAGCUGCAGUAGCAUCCUCAAACGGCUCCAGUGUCACCACCCGCAUCUACGGUAUCGCGAACCAACGUGUAAAGGAAUGCAAUCGAAUUCAGGCCAUGGAAGACGAGCUGGCAAAAUUCGGCGUGACUUGCAGGCAGUUUGACGACGGCAUUGAGGUUGACGGAAAGAGCUAUGAGCUUGAUGCUCCCAAGGUCGGCAUUCACUGCUACGAUGAUCAUCGUGUCGCUAUGAGCUUCGCUCUCCUUUCGCUAGUCGCGCCCGCGCCUGUACUCAUUCUCGAAAAAGAAUGCACAGGAAAGACAUGGCCAGGCUACUGGGACAGCCUGAACCAAAUCUUCAAAGCCAAGCUUGAGGGCGUGGAGCUGCCACCCAAACCCAGCACGCAAAAGACUGCAUCAAAGACUGAGAAAAAGUCCAUCUUCAUCGUCGGAAUGCGAGGCGCUGGCAAGACGACGGCUGGUGCAUGGGCGGCACGUGCUCUCGGGUGGUCUCUUGUUGACCUAGACACUGCCCUUGAGGAAUAUGUCGGUAUGACAAUUCCUGAACUAAUCAAGGAGAAGGGCUGGGAAGGGUUCCGAGACGAAGAGCUAAAGUUACUCGAGAGGACUGUCAAAGAGAAACCUCAUGGCUAUGUCUUUGCAUGUGGUGGAGGGGUAGUUGAGACACCGGCAGCGCGCAAAAUUCUUAUCGACUACCACACAAACGGCGGCAUCGUAAUACUUGUCUCACGAGACAUUCAUAAAGUGAUCGAAUACCUCCAGAUCGAUAAGACAAGACCAGCUUAUGUGGAUGACAUCAUGGGUGUUUGGUUGCGACGCAAGGACUGGUACAUUGAAUGCAGCAACUAUCGCUUCCAUAGCCAGAUCGCUGGAUCCGGCGACCUUGCUCAGGCACAGGAAGACAUGUCUCGUUUCCUGAGCAUCAUCACAGGCAAGGUUUCAGUAUUGAAGGCUUUGAAAAGAAGAAAGCAUUCUUUCUUCGUCUGUCUCUCUGCGCCGGAGCUCAGGCCUUGCAUCAAAACACUGCCCGAUAUAGUGGUUGGAUCGGAUGCGGUUGAGCUAAGGGUUGAUUUGCUCGAAGAUCCUGACGGUCAAGAGGGCCUCCCAACACCAGACUUUGUCAUUGAGCAGCUCUCCAUUCUGCGCACAGUCACCUCGAUACCGCUCAUCUUCACCUUGAGAACAAAGGCGCAAGGCGGUAAAUUCCCAGAUAAAGCAUACGACGAGGCUCGCGCGCUCUAUCGAGAGGCAUUGCGACUGGGGUGCGAGUUUGUUGACUUGGAGAUGACUAUGCCCGAAGACAUCCUACGAGAGAUAUCGGAGAAUCGAGGUUUCUCUGAGAUCCUCGCAAGUCACCACGACCCCAAGGGCGAGCUGGACUGGAGAAACGGCUCCUGGAUGGCUUACUAUAACCGUGCGCUCCAGUACGGUACUGUCAUCAAGCUCGUUGGUGUUGCAAAGUCGAUUGAAGACAACUUUGCGCUUGCCGAGUUCAAGAGCUGGUCACACUCAGCACAUCCUAUACCUCUCAUUGCCAUCAAUAUGGGUGAACAUGGCAAGCUGAGCAGAAUCUUGAAUGGCUUCAUGACACCUGUCUCGCAUCCUCUUCUUCCUUCUGCUACCGCACCUGGUCAGCUUUCGGCUGCGGACAUUCGUCGCGGUCUGUCGCUGAUGGGCGAGAUUCCAAGCAAGAAGUUUUUCAUUUUCGGUUCGCCGAUUGCCCAAAGUCCCAGCCCGCGUCUUCAUAACACGCUCUUCCGCGAAACUGGAUUGCCUCACACCUAUGGGGGCCACGAGACUACAUCGGUAGACUCUGUACGCGACAUUAUCCACUCACCAGACUUUGGCGGUGCCAGUGUCACUAUUCCUCUGAAGCAGGACAUAAUACCGUUGCUCGAUGGCGUUGGUCCAGAGGUGGAGGUAAUUGGCGCAGUCAACACCAUUGUUCCUGAAGUCUCAGUCGAUGAGACCACUGGCAAGGAAGUAACACGCCUGAUCGGCCGUAACACAGACUACCUGGGCAUGGUGCAAAUCCUACGCCAUUCCGGAGCUCAGGGAACAGGCUCUGCACUCGUCAUCGGCGGCGGUGGCACCAGUCGUGCAGCCAUCCACGCCUUGAAGGAGAUGGGCUACGGACCAAUCUACCUCCUCGGUCGCAACCCAGAGAAGAUGGAAGUUCUCAAGAAUGCCUUUUCGGCUGAGUACAACGUCCAAGUACUGAACUCGCCAGCUGAUGUCGAAGCCCUUGAAUCCGCACCCCGAGCUGCCAUUGGCACCAUUCCUGCCGACCGGCCUAUUGACAUUGCUAUCCGCGAGAGUCUUUGCGCGUUGUUUGAAAAGGGCAAGGCUUCCGUGAGGGACAUUGAAGCGGGUGCAGAGAGGAUCCUGCUUGAGAUGGCAUACAAGCCGGCUGUUACCGCGCUUAUCCAACUCGCAAUGGACAAUGGCUGGAAGACGGUCAAUGGACUAGAGGUAUUGGUUGGCCAGGGUGUAAGUCAGUUUGAAUACUGGACUGGCGUUCGGCCUCUGUAUGCGGUAGCUAGGGAUGCGGUUGUCAACCAGACGGACUAGGGCGAUUCAGGAUCUGUGGCUAUGGCAAACAAACAAGCAGCACCUGAUGUCUUGUUACAAGAUGUCUUGGUUUCAACACGUGCUAGAAACAAUCAAGUUAUGAAGUCAUGAAAUACUGUUUCCAUCUGAGA